AUGGGGCGUAAGAAGAAGUCAAAGCCAUCAAAGCCGUCAAAGCAAUCAAAUCAAUCAAAGGCAUCGUUGCUCAAGGUCACCAAAACAGACCCGGAUAAGGUGACACUCUUCGAAAAGGUUGCUGGGGGGAUCUGUCUUCUAUUAUUCAUAGUUGUAUGGUUACUGUCAGCAUCAUCACCGAUCGUGUUCGGGAUUGCCAUAUACCAUGAAGCAUACCGUUUAGCACUCGGGAUUGUGGUUGUCACAGCUUUAUCGUAUGCACCAUGGAAAAAGGGGUAUAUUGCAAACUCAUUUCAGCAAUUUUAUGCCUAUUAUUCCCAUCGGUACAUGAGAAAGACUACCAUUGUUUGUGAAGGAAGCAAACCAAGUCCACAGGACCAGCAAACCUUUUUUGCAGUGCAUCCACAUGGCGCAUUUUGCAUCGGCUGGUCCUUCCUAUACUGUCAUGGCAUGAUGCAGCACAUUCGAUUCUGUUUUUCUCCAGUUCUUUUCAUGUCACCCUUUUUUCGCCUUUUCAGUCGAGGUGUGGGAAAUCCUGGAUCGGCAUCGAAGGAUUCUAUGAUUAGCUAUAUGCGUUCUGGUCACUCCUUGGCCUUGCCACCUGGAGGCUUUGAAGAAGCAACACUGACUUCCACAAAGCACGACCGAGUAUUCAUCAAGAAGCGGACCGGGUUUGUCCGGCUCUGUUUGCAACAAGGGAUUGCGAUACGGCCAGUAUAUGUCUUUGGGGAAAGAAGUUGUUAUUGGAACAUUCAAGGGGCUUUCAAAAGUCGACUGGCGCUGAAUCGGCAUGGGAUACCCACCAUUUUUGCAUGGGGAAACCUGUUGGUACCAUGGCUUCCAAACCCUCAAGCCGAAGUACACAUUGUCAUUGGGAACCCAAUUAAACUCCCAAAGAUCGAAAAGCCGACCAAAGAAGAGGUCGUGAUAUGGCACACCAAAUACGUCACAGAAUUGACACAGCUCUUCGAAAAUCACAAACAAGCUGCAUAUGGGCCAAGCUCGAAAGCAAUGAAGCUCGAAUUGUGGUGA